GCCACCGGCCAAGUAAGAGACGACGGAGAAGAAGGUGCAUUGAAGAUGCUCCGGCCCUGUAGUGGUGACGACGUUUUGUACCCCAGCGACCGCUCACCGAUACCAGGCGAACCGGCGAGCCAUAAAACCGAGCCGAACUCGCCGAUCUGUGCGCUCGGUCCUUCCAAGAGCUUCGGGGAUGGAGAGGUUUUUUCGGAGAACGAUUUCCAGGAGACCCGAACGCCUCUCAAAGACCUUAAGUCUGAGAAGAGAUACCUGGGGGUCCGUGUGAGAAUGCCUGUCAGAGACAUGCUCAGGAAAAUAAGAAUAGCCAAGGGAAUGGACCCUUUGGCAUUUCCGGGAACUACAGGAAAGAGAUCAGGAGAGAAGAAGCGUGUUCAUUCAAGUCGAGCUUGUCGAAAUAAGAUGAAUGAAAAGCAAAUCAGGAGCCUGGAGGACCUUUCCAUAAUAGUGGAGGUCUUGGAAGAAGACCUCAAGGCUAGCAAGUCCAGAGAACAUUCCAGAGAACCCUCUUCAACAUCAGUAUUCUCUGGGUGGCAGGAGGGUUUUAGAGGGGAAAACUUCCCCUUUCAGAACAGUGUCCACAAGUGUGAACAUGGGUCCAAGCCUUUUUUUCCUGAGAAACAUUGUCACCCCCCAGAGCUUUCAGCAGUCUAUUCCUUCUCCCCUGCCCCCAUAUCCACAGUGGACCUGGCUCCUUCAUCCAAAAUGUGGGGAGGUUGUUACACUGACAGCAUGGAAGAUGUGUUCUCCAAUACUCAGCCUCUCACAACCUUAUCAAACAGAAGCAAUGAAUGGCAGGAAUUCUCACCCCAAGCACCUCAACCCUACAGCCCCACAUCUCAUACUUUGGGGGGCAACAAGGAGAAGGGCUGGAACACCUGUGGAGACUGGAUGAGUGGCCCUGCAAGAGACUGGGAUGGAAAAUCCUUUUUCUGGUUUCAGCUCCAGAAGGAGGAGACAUUACUGAGGACAGUUUCUGAUGAUGACCUUUUGGCUGUGGACCACAGGGGGAGGACGCGGCUCCACUCUGCAGUGACACAAGGGAAGAGGGCCCUGGCCUUUGUGAUUGCUAAGAGGAUGGCGUCUCUCAACCACAUAGACAUCAGAGACGUCGAGGGAAAGACUGCCCUCCACUUAUCGGCCCAAAGGAACCAGCAUUUGAUGAUUGCAGAUCUGCUCUUCCUAGGCGCCAAUGUUAAUGCACAGGACAGAUGUGGGAAAACUUGUCUACACCUUAGUGCUGAGAAUGGAUACUUCAGAGUCUUAGAGAACAUUAUGCAGGGUGAAUCUGUUCAACUGAUUUUGGCUUUAAAUGAGUCAUAG